CGCACGUGGCACGUGGUGGAAUCAAUCAAGUAUUCAAUUCAAAAAAGGCCUGAACUCUCUCCCCACUCUGCGCGAUCAUUCUGUUCUGUGUUUCAAUCCCAAACAAUGAGUGCAGUGGGUGUUGGGGGAGCUCAAAGUCUUCACAACGUCUUCGUCUAUGGCAGCCUCAUGGCAGACGAUGUCGUACGAGUCCUCUUGAAUCGAGUUCCUCCCUCAUCUCCUGCUAUCCUCAAUAACCAUCAUAGGUAUAGCAUCAGAGAACGUGUUUAUCCUGCAAUUGUACCCCUCAAGACCAAGAAAGUUGCUGGAAAGGUUUUGAUGGGUAUUACCGAUCCUGAAUUAUAUGUCUUAGAUACAUUUGAGGAUGUUGAGUAUGAAAGAAGCACUGUUGAGGUUUCCUUGACCGAUAAUUCCAAGAAUGUGCUAGCUCAUGCUUACAUUUGGAGCAACAAAAAUGAUCCAAACUUAUAUGGCGAAUGGGAUUUCGAGGAAUGGAAACGAGCACAUAUGAAUGAUUUUGUGAAGAUGACAAUGGGCUUUAAGGAAGAGCUGGAGCUCCCUGAUUCCAAGUCACGAGUUGCCACAUAUGAGUCUUUCUUCCCGCAGGACGAUGAAAACCGCCAUACUUCUUGAAAUUGUAGAUUCUAAUCCAUGUAAAUUAUUGGUUUUCAAUUUGUGAUCCUUGGGGGGGAAUUUUAGAGUUUGAUUGAUUAAUAAUAUGUGGUACAAUGGGAACAACAUUUCGUUUUUUUGAGAAUUUUUCAUUUUAUUCUUUUGUUUCAA